CAGCUUUUUUCCCUUCCUCUUUCUAGUUGGAGCCCAGAUUUCAAGUCUUGAGUGAAGUACCGUCAGGGGAAUGGGCCCUGUUGUGCUGACACAUUCAGAACCUGCUAGCCAAGGAAUACUUUAAAGACUGUUUUGCAGCUCUCACGUGUAUGCUCGACCUGGUCCAGAUGAUGCUGUUUGACCGUUGACUCUUCGCUCGUUGCCAUCGAAAGAGUUUAUCACCCAGCAGCCAAGAUGAACAUGGUGAAGAGAAUCAUGGGGCGCCCAAGGCAGGAGGAAUGCAGCCCUCAGGACAACGCCUUGGGUCUAAUGCACCUCCGUCGCCUCUUCACGGAGUUGUGCCAUCCUCCCCGGCACAUGACCCAGAAGGAACAAGAAGAGAAACUCUACAUGAUGCUGCCAGUGUUUAACAGGGUUUUUGGAAAUGCCCCACCAAAUACAAUGACAGAAAAAUUUUCUGAUCUUCUGCAGUUCACAACACAAGUCUCUCGACUAAUGGUGACAGAGAUUCGAAGGAGAGCAUCCAACAAAUCCACAGAAAAACAGUGUGCUCCGCUGUCCUCCAAGGAUUUCAAAGCCACAACACCUUCAGAGGCUGCAAGUCGGGCCAUAGUCCAGUUCCUGGAGAUCAAUCAGAGCGAAGAAGCCAGUAGAGGCUGGAUGCUCUUGACAACAAUUAAUUUGUUAGCAUCCUCUGGUCAGAAAACUGUGGACUGCAUGACAACGAUGUCCGUGCCUUCCACCCUGGUUAAAUGUUUGUAUCUGUUUUUUGACCUUCCACAUGUGCCUGAGGCAGUUGGAGGUGCCCAGAAUGAGCUACCUCUAGCAGAACGCCGGGGACUGCUCCAGAAAGUUUUUGUACAGAUAUUAGUGAAACUCUGCAGUUUUGUUUCUCCUGCGGAGGAGCUGGCUCAGAAAGAUGAUCUCCAGCUUCUAUUCAGUGCAAUAACGUCCUGGUGCCCUCCCUACAACCUGCCCUGGAGGAAGAGUGCCGGAGAAGUCCUCAUGACGAUAUCCCGUCAUGGGCUCAGCGUCAAUGUGGUGAAGUAUAUUCAUGAAAAAGAAUGUUUAUCUACGUGUGUUCAGAAUAUGCAGCAGUCAGAUGACCUGUCACCCCUAGAAAUUGUGGAAAUGUUCGCCGGACUUUCUUGUUUCCUCAAAGAUUCCAGUGACGUUUCCCAGACACUCUUGGAUGAUUUUCGGAUAUGGCAAGGAUAUAAUUUUCUUUGUGAUCUCUUGCUUAGAUUGGAACAAGCUAAAGAGGCAGAAUCCAAAGAUGCCUUGAAAGACCUGGUGAAUCUGAUAACUUCCCUCACCACAUACGGUGUGAACGAACUGAAGCCAGCUGGUGUUACAACGGGCGCUCCCUUCCUUCUACCUGGCUUUGCAGUGCCUCAGCCUGCAGGCAAAGGUCACAGUGUGAGAAACAUCCAGGCCUUUGCAGUUCUUCAGAAUGCAUUUUUAAAAGCCAAAACCAGCUUCCUUGCCCAAAUCAUCCUUGAUGCCAUCACCAAUAUUUAUAUGGCUGACAAUGCCAAUUAUUUCAUCCUAGAAUCACAGCACACCCUGUCACAGUUUGCAGAGAAGAUUUCUAAACUCCCAGAAGUACAAAGCAAAUACUUUGAGAUGCUGGAGUUUGUCGUUUUUAGUUUAAAUUAUAUCCCUUGUAAAGAACUUAUUAGUGUUAGUAUCCUCUUAAAGUCUAGCUCUUCUUACCACUGUAGCAUUAUUGCAAUGAAAACCCUUCUUAAGUUUACAAGACAUGACUACAUUUUUAAAGAUGUGUUCAGGGAGGUGGGCCUUCUGGAGGUCAUGGUAAACCUUUUGCAUAAAUAUGCUGCCCUCUUGAAGGAUCCAACUCAGGCACUAAAUGAACAAGGGGACUCAAGAAAUAAUAGUUCAAUCGAAGACCAAAAGCACCUGGCUUUGUUGGUUAUGGAGACCCUGACAGUGCUCCUUCAAGGAUCGAACACUAACGCAGGGAUUUUCCGAGAGUUUGGAGGUGCAAGGUGUGCCCAUAACAUCGUGAAGUAUCCUCAGUGCCGCCAGCACGCCCUGAUGACGAUCCAGCAGCUGGUGCUGUCCCCAAAUGGGGAUGAUGACAUGGGCACUCUCCUGGGGCUCAUGCAUUCAGCCCCACCCACAGAACUGCAGUUGAAGACGGACAUUUUAAGGGCUCUCCUGUCAGUCCUUAGAGAAAGCCAUCGUUCAAGGACCGUUUUCAGGAAAGUUGGAGGAUUUGUGUACAUUACAUCCUUGCUGGUUGCUAUGGAAAGAUCUUUGAGCUGUCCACCCAAGAAUGGCUGGGAGAAAGUGAACCAGAAUCAAGUGUUUGAACUUCUCCACACCGUGUUCUGCACCCUGACUGCGGCAAUGCGCUACGAGCCAGCCAACUCGCAUUUCUUCAAAACAGAGAUCCAAUAUGAGAAGCUGGCAGAUGCUGUUCGCUUUCUUGGCUGCUUCUCAGACCUAAGAAAAAUAAGCACGAUGAAUGUCUUCCCCUCAAACACACAGCCAUUUCAAAGACUGUUAGAGGAAGAGGUGAUGUGUAUGGACUCGGUGUCACCCACUUUAAGGCACUGCAGUAAACUCUUUAUCUAUCUCUACAAAGUAGCCACAGAUUCCUUUGACAGUCAUGCAGAACACAUCCCUCCCUGCCUGACAAGUGAGUCUUCUCUCCCCUCUCCUUGGGGUACACCAGCUUUGUCCAGGAAAAGACAUGCCUAUCAUUCUGUUUCAACUCCCCCAGUUUACCCUCAUAAAAAUGCGGCUGACCUGAAAUUACAUGUGACAACCUCAUCUCUCCAGACAUCCGAUGCGGUCAUCAUCCAUCCUGGUGCCAUGCUGGCUAUGCUGGACCUCCUCGCCUCUGUUGGGUCUGUGACACAGCCAGAACAUGCUUUGGAUCUUCAACUUGCUGUGGCCAAUAUCUUACAAUCCCUGGUGCACACAGAGCGCAACCAGCAAGUCAUGUGUGAAGCUGGUCUUCAUGCGCGGCUGCUGCAGAAGUGCAGUGCUGCCUUGGCGGAUGAGGACCACUCCCUGCAUCCACCCCUCCAGCGGAUGUUUGAAAGAUUAGCCUCUCAGGCCCUAGAACCCAUGGUGCUGAGGGAAUUUUUACGUUUGGCAAGUCCUUUAAAUUGUGGUGCCUGGGACAAAAAACUUCUAAAACAAUACAGGGUUCACAAGCCAAGUUCACUGAGUUAUUAUGAACCAGAGAUGAGAAGUAGUAUGGUCACAUCUCUGGAAGGCCUGGGUUCGGAUAAUGUCUUCAGCUUGCAUGAAGAUAACCAUUACCGGAUAAGCAAGAGUCUGGUCAAAUCUGCAGAAGGAAGUACAGUACCCCUCACCAGGGUCAAGUGUCUGGUCUCCAUGACAACACCACAUGACAUUAGACUUCAUGGGUCCUCAGUUACUCCAGCUUUUGUUGAAUUUGACACAUCCCUUGAAGGGUUUGGCUGCCUGUUUCUGCCCAGUCUGGCCCCUCAUAAUGCGCCUACAAAUAAUGCUGUCACAACAGGUCUUACUGAUGGGGCUGUGGUCAGCGGCAUUGGUUCUGGUGAAAGAUUCUUCCCUCCUCCCUCUGGCUUAAGCUACUCUAGCUGGUUUUGUAUUGAACAUUUUAGCUCUCCUCCAAAUAACCACCCUGUCCGACUUCUUACUGUCGUGCGUCGAGCAAAUUCUUCUGAGCAACAUUAUGUGUGCCUCGCUGUGGUCCUAUCAGCAAAGGACCGAUCUCUGAUUGUUUCCACUAAAGAGGAACUACUGCAAAACUAUGUUGAUGAUUUUAGUGAAGAAUCUUCUUUCUACGAGAUUCUCCCGUGCUGUGCUCGCUUCCGAUGUGGAGAGCUUAUCGUUGAAGGGCAGUGGCAUCAUCUCGUUUUGGUGAUGAGCAAAGGCAUGCUGAAAAACAGCACUGCUGCCCUGUAUAUUGAUGGACAGCUCGUUAGCACCGUGAAGCUUCAUUAUGUUCACAGUACUCCUGGGGGCUCAAGCUCUACAAAUCCCCCAGUGGUGAGCACAGUCUAUGCAUACAUUGGUACUCCACCUGCCCAACGCCAGAUUGCAUCAUUAGUUUGGCGCCUGGGACCCACACAUUUUCUAGAAGAAGUUUUGCCUCCUUCAAAUGUUACUACCAUUUAUGAACUUGGACCAAAUUAUGUUGGAAGCUUCCAGGCUGUAUGUAUGCCAUGUAAAGAUGUGAAAUCUGAAGGUGUAAUCCCAUCUCCCAUAUCGUUAGUCCCGGAGGAGAAGGUGUCUUUUGGCCUCUAUGCGCUUUCUGUGUCCUCCCUAACAGUGGCAAGAAUCCGGAAAGUGUAUAACAAGUUGGACAGCAAAGCCAUUGCUAAGCAGUUAGGCAUUUCCUCCCAUGAGAAUGCCACGCCAGUGAAGCUGGUGCACAACUCAGCGGGACACCUUAAUGGACCUGCGCGGACUGUUGGGGCUGCUCUGAUUGGAUAUUUGGGAGUAAGAACAUUUGUCCCUAAGCCUGUUGCCACUACUUUACAGUACAUUGGAGGAGCUGCAGCCAUCCUGGGCUUAGUGGCCAUGGCCUCCGAUGUGGAAGGGUUGUAUGCAGCAGUCAAGGCCCUGGUUUGUGUGGUCAAGAGUAACCCACUAGCCAGCAAGGAGAUGGAAAGGAUCAAAGGCUACCAGUUGCUGGCCAUGCUACUUAAGAAGAAACGUUCCCUUCUGAACAGCCACAUCCUCCAUCUGACAUUUUCCCUAGUGGGAACUGUUGACAGUGGGCAUGAGACCUCCAUUAUUCCAAAUUCAACUGCUUUCCAGGACCUUCUGUGUGACUUUGAGGUCUGGCUCCAUGCUCCGUAUGAGCUGCAUCUUUCCUUAUUUGAACACUUUAUUGAACUGCUCACAGAGUCCAGUGAAGCUUCAAAGAAUGCCAAGCUAAUGAGAGAAUUCCAGUUAAUCCCAAAGCUACUCCUAACUCUUCGGGAUAUGUCGUUGUCCCAGCCCACAAUUGCUGCUAUUAGUAACGUGCUGAGCUUCCUGCUGCAAGGCUUUCCGAAUAGCAACGAUCUCCUCAGGUUUGGACAAUUUAUUUCUUCCACUUUGCCUACCUUUGCUGUUUGUGAGAAAUUUGUAGUUAUGGAAAUAAAGAAUGAAGAGAAGCCUGACACUGGAACUGAAGAGGAGUUUGGAGGUCUUGUGUCUGCUAAUCUUAUACUUUUGAGGAACAGACUUCUAGACAUCUUGCUUAAAUUAGUUUAUACAUCUAAAGAGAAGACAAGCAUCAAUUUGCAAGCAUGUGAAGAGCUGGUCAGAACGCUGGGUUUUGAUUGGAUCAUGAUGUUUAUGGAAGAACACCUGCAUUCAACCACCGUUACUGCUGCCAUGAGGAUUCUUGUUGUCCUGCUGAGUAACCAGUCCAUUCUCAUUAAGUUUAAAGAAGGACUCAGCGGUGGAGGAUGGCUGGAACAGACAGAUUCUGUACUAACUAAUAAAAUUGGGACAGUAUUAGGAUUCAAUGUGGGCAGGAGUGCUGGUGGGAGAUCCACAGUAAGGGAGAUUAACCGGGAUGCCUGUCAUUUUCCUGGUUUCCCAGUUCUGCAGUCGUUCCUUCCUAAACACACUAAUGUCCCCGCCCUCUAUUUUCUCCUCAUGGCAUUGUUUCUGCAGCAGCCAGUGAGCGAGCUGCCUGAGAACCUGCAGGUCAGUGUGCCUGUCACCAGCAGCCGAUGUAAGCAGGGUGGCCAGUUCGAUCUGGAUUCUAUCUGGACAUUCAUCUUCGGAGUGCCUGCCUCCAGCGGGACCGUGAUCUCUUCCAUCCAUAACGUGUGUACAGAAGCAGCUUUUUUGUUGCUGGGAAUGCUGCGUAGCAUGCUCAACUCUCCCUGGCAGUCAGAAGAAGAGGGCUCUUGGCUCCGAGAAUAUCCCGUGACGCUGAUGCAGUUCUUCAGAUACUUGUACCACAACGUUCCAGACCUCGCCUCCAUGUGGAUGAGCCCCGACUUCCUGUGUGCAUUAGCAGCCACGGUCUUCCCCUUCAAUAUUCGCCCUUACUCAGAGAUGGUGACUGAUCUGGAUGAUGAGGUCGGGUCUCCAGCAGAAGAGUUCAAAGCUUUUGCAGCAGACACAGGGAUGAACAGGAGCCAAUCAGAGUACUGCAACGUGGGCACCAAAACAUAUCUGACCAAUCACCCAGCUAAGAAGUUUGUUUUUGACUUUAUGCGAGUCUUAAUAAUAGACAACCUUUGUCUUACACCUGCCAGCAAGCAAACUCCACUCAUUGACCUUUUAUUAGAGGCUUCCCCUGAAAGAUCUACAAGAACUCAGCAGAAGGAAUUUCAGACCUAUAUUUUGGAUAGCGUGAUGGACCAUUUGCUUGCUGCUGAUGUACUGCUGGGGGAAGACGCAUCUCUGCCCAUUACCAGUGGAGGAAGCUACCAGGUAUUGGUGAAUAAUGUGUUUUAUUUCACACAACGUGUGGUGGACAAGCUUUGGCAAGGCAUGUUCAACAAAGAAUCUAAACUUCUUAUAGAUUUUAUAAUUCAACUAAUCGCACAGUCAAAGAGAAGAUCACAGGGGUUGUCACUGGAUUCAGUCUACCACUGCCUCAACAGAACCAUCUUGUACCAGUUCUCACGGGCACACAAAACUGUUCCUCAGCAAGUAGCUCUGCUUGAUUCUCUCAGGGUCCUUACUGUAAACAGGAACUUGAUCUUGGGACCUGGGAACCAUGACCAAGAAUUCAUUAGCUGUUUGGCUCACUGCCUGGUCAGUCUGCAUGCUGGCAGCAACGUGGAUGGAUUUGGACUGGAAGCAGAAGCUCGUAUGACUACCUGGCAUAUAAUGAUCCCCUCUGACAUUGAACCAGACGGUGGCUACACCCAAGAUGUCAGUGAAGGCCGUCAGCUUCUCAUAAAAGCUGUAAACAGAGUCUGGACGGAACUGAUACACAGUAAGAAGCAAGUCUUAGAGGAGCUUUUCAAAGUAACUCUGCCCGUGAAUGAAAGAGGCCACGUGGACAUAGCCAUCGCAAGACCACUCAUUGAAGAAGCUGGUUUGAAGUGCUGGCAGAAUCAUUUGGCCCACGAAAAGAAAUGCAUCAGUCGAGGAGAGGCCCUGGUGCCCAGCACGCAGUCCAAGCUGUCCCGUGUCAGCAGCGGCUUCGGCCUCUCCAAGCUGACAGGAUCAAGAAGGAACCGAAAGGAGAGUGGUCUGAACAAGCACAGCCUUUCCACCCAGGAGAUUUCUCAGUGGAUGUUCACACACAUUGCUGUUGUUCGUGACUUGGUAGACACUCAAUAUAAGGAGUAUCAGGAGCGCCAGCAGAAUGCCCUGAAGUACGUGACGGAAGAGUGGUGCCAGAUGGAGUGCGAGCUGCUGCGGGAGCGUGGACUCUGGGGUCCCCCGAUCGGUUCCCAUCUGGACAAAUGGAUGCUGGAGAUGACAGAAGGGCCCUGUAGAAUGAGGAAAAAAAUGGUGCGAAAUGAUAUGUUUUAUAACCAUUACCCUUACGUGCCAGAAACAGAACAAGAAACAAAUGUGGCGUAUGAGAUUCCAAGUAAACAGCCUGAGACACCCGAUGAUAUCAUUCCUCAAAAGAAGCCUGCUCGGUACAGAAGAGCGGUCAGCUACGACAGUAAGGAAUACUACAUGCGCCUGGCGUCGGGCAAUGCAGCCAUCGUCCAGGACACCGUGGUAGAGAGUUCCGAAGGGGAGGCCGCUCAGCAAGAGCCGGAGCAUGGCGAGGACACCAUCGCCAAAGUCAAGGGUCUGGUUAAGCCUCCUCUGAAGCGCUCCCGUUCCGCCCCUGAUGGAGGAGACGAGGAGAACCAGGAGCAGCUCCAGGACCAGAUUGCCGAGGCGAGCGCCAUAGAAGAGGAGGAGAAGACCGACAACGCCACCUUACUGCGCCUGUUGGAGGAAGGGGAAAAGAUCCAACACAUGUACCGUUGUGCUCGAGUUCAGGGCCUGGAUACCAGCGAGGGGUUACUGCUUUUCGGAAAAGAGCACUUUUAUGUCAUUGAUGGCUUUACCAUGACAGCAACGAGGGAGAUAAGAGACAUUGAAACCUUACCUCCAAACAUGCAUGAGCCCAUCAUCCCGAGAGGAGCCAGGCAAGGCCCUAGUCAGCUCAAGAGAACCUGCAGCAUCUUUGCUUAUGAGGAUAUUAAGGAAGUGCAUAAAAGGAGGUACCUCCUGCAGCCUAUUGCUGUGGAAGUUUUCUCCGGAGACGGACGGAAUUACCUGCUUGCUUUUCAGAAAGGAAUUAGGAACAAAGUCUAUCAAAGGUUUUUGGCUGUAGUGCCAUCCCUGACAGAUAGUUCCGAGUCUGUGUCCGGACAGCGACCAAACACAAGCGUGGAGCAGGGGUCCGGGUUGCUGAGCACCUUGGUUGGAGAGAAGUCUGUAACUCAGAGAUGGGAGAGAGGUGAAAUCAGCAAUUUCCAGUAUUUGAUGCACUUGAACACCUUGGCUGGCAGGUCAUAUAACGACCUCAUGCAGUAUCCUGUCUUCCCCUGGAUCCUUGCAGAUUACGACUCAGAGGAGGUGGAUCUUACUAAUCCCAAGACAUUUAGAAACCUGGCUAAGCCGAUGGGAGCACAGACAGAUGAACGAUUAGCCCAGUAUAAGAAACGCUACAAGGACUGGGAGGAUCCUAACGGAGAAACUCCGGCCUACCACUACGGGACCCACUACUCAUCUGCAAUGAUUGUGGCCUCAUACCUUGUAAGGAUGGAGCCUUUCACCCAGAUAUUCCUGAGGCUACAGGGUGGCCACUUCGACCUGGCAGACCGGAUGUUUCACAGCGUGCGAGAGGCCUGGUAUUCUGCAUCCAAGCACAACAUGGCAGACGUCAAAGAACUUAUCCCAGAGUUUUUUUACUUACCAGAAUUCCUGUUCAAUUCCAACAACUUUGAUCUGGGCUGUAAGCAAAAUGGCACUAAGCUGGGAGAUGUCAUCCUUCCACCCUGGGCCAAAGGGGAUCCACGAGAAUUCAUCAGAGUCCACCGCGAGGCUUUGGAGUGUGACUAUGUGAGUGCCCACCUCCACGAGUGGAUUGACUUGAUCUUUGGCUAUAAACAGCAAGGUCCUGCUGCAGUAGAAGCCGUCAAUGUCUUCCAUCAUCUCUUCUACGAGGGCCAAGUGGAUAUCUAUAAUAUCAACGACCCGCUGAAGGAGACAGCCACCAUCGGGUUCAUUAAUAACUUUGGUCAGAUCCCAAAACAGUUAUUUAAAAAGCCUCAUCCACCCAAGCGAGUGAGGAGUCGGCUCAAUGGGGACAAUGCAGGGAUGUCCGUCCCACCCGGCGCUACAAGUGACAAGAUCUUCUUCCAUCAUCUAGACAACCUAAGGCCUUCCCUGACACCUGUGAAAGAACUCAAAGAACCCGUGGGACAAAUAGUGUGUACAGAUAAAGGUAUCCUUGCAGUAGAACAGAAUAAGGUUCUCAUCCCACCUACCUGGAACAAAACUUUCGCCUGGGGCUACGCAGACCUCAGCUGCAGGCUGGGGACCUACGAGUCUGACAAGGCGGUGACCGUCUAUGAGUGUUUGUCUGAAUGGGGCCAGAUUCUCUGUGCGAUCUGCCCCAACCCCAAGCUCGUCAUCACGGGCGGCACAAGCACUGUGGUGUGCGUGUGGGAGAUGGGCACCUCCAAAGAAAAGGCCAAGACCCUCACGCUCAAGCAGGCUCUGCUUGGUCACACUGAUACUGUGACCUGUGCCACAGCAUCCUUAGCGUAUCACAUCAUUGUCAGUGGGUCCCGGGAUCGAACCUGCAUCAUUUGGGAUUUGAACAAGCUGUCGUUUCUCACCCAGCUCCGAGGCCAUCGAGCUCCAGUUUCUGCUCUUUGUAUCAAUGAACUGACAGGGGACAUCGUGUCCUGCGCUGGCACCUACAUCCACGUGUGGAGCAUCAACGGGAACCCGAUCGUGAGCGUGAACACCUUCACAGGCAGGAGCCAGCAGAUCGUCUGCUGCUGCGUGUCAGAGAUGAACGAGUGGGACACCCAGAACGUCAUAGUCACUGGCCACUCAGAUGGGGUGGUUCGGUUUUGGAGGAUGGAAUUCUUACAAGUCCCAGAAACUCCUGCUCCGGAGCCCGUGGAAGUCCUGGAAAUGCAGGAGGACUGUCCAGAAGCACAAAUAGGGCAGGAAGCCCAAGAUGAGGACAGCAGUGACUCAGAAGCCGAGGAGCAGAGCAGCAGCCAGGACCCCAAAGACACGCCCAGCCAGCCCAGCAGCACCAGCCACAGGCCCAGGGCGGCCUCCUGCCGAGCCACAGCCACCUGGUGCCUGGACAGCGGCUCCGACGACUCCCGCCGCUGGUCAGACCAGCUCAGCCUCGACGAGAAGGACGGCUUUAUAUUCGUCAACUAUUCCGAGGGUCAGACCAGAGCCUUGCUGCAGGGUCCCCUGAACCACCCCCACCCCAAUCCCAUCGAAGUGCGGAAUUACAGCAGAUUGAAACCCGGGUACCGCUGGGAACGGCAGCUGGUCUUCAGAAGCAAGCUGACCAUGCACACGGCAUUUGACCGGAAGGACAAUGCCCAUCCAGCCGAGGUCACGGCGCUGGGUAUCUCCAAGGACCACAGCAGGAUACUGGUUGGUGACAGUCGAGGCCGCGUGUUCAGCUGGUCCGUGAGUGACCAGCCGGGCCGUUCCGCCGCGGACCACUGGGUGAAGGACGAAGGUGGGGACAGCUGCUCGGGCUGCUCUGUGCGCUUUUCUCUCACAGAAAGACGGCACCACUGCAGAAACUGUGGGCAGCUCUUCUGCCAGAAGUGCAGUCGAUUUCAAUCUGAAAUCAAACGUUUGAAAAUUUCAUCCCCAGUGCGGGUUUGCCAGAACUGUUAUUAUAACCUACAGCAUGAGAGAGGGUCAGAAGACGGGCCUCGGAAUUGUUGAAGACAAAGCGAGCCGGCUGUGGACCACGGUCUGUAGAUCCCUGCCCAGGGCCCCCGGCACGGCCUGGGAGGCGCUGAAGGAGAGGCUCCAUCUACACGCCUCCUCACGGCACGUGUUUGACGUGUGGCAUCCAGAGGGAACCGAGACAAGACGGGGGAGCACGGGGCAGGCCGGGCUCUGGAGGUGAACAGCACCAGAACAGGAGGUGGUUUCUGGCAGUGACCUUUUCCAUACCCAGUUCUUCCUGGUCACAGUAGCUGUCUCCGAGAGAAAAGUCCUCACCUAUCAACUGUCCUUUCCUGCCUCUCAUUUUUCUAGCUCCUCAUCAUUAUUUGGAAGAACGAACGGCAAAAAGACAAGAAAAGAAAAAGAAAAGAAAAGGCUUUUAGAAAAUAGUUGUAAAUCUGACUUCUUUUCAAGUAAUUAUGUAUAUUGUAAAUAAGUAUAAAGGCCUUUUUUUUUCUAAAUAAGGACUUAACUGCCUGUAACAUGAGAAUUCAAACUAAACCACUAACUCAGUGAACU